CGAGAGUGGAACAGAGACAUGGAUCGCUGGUCCAUACCGUAUCCGGGCGAGAAUUUACUCAACCUCUCGAGUUCACCUCAGACUCAUCUCCAGAAACAUCCACAAUUGCACGAGCUUGAAUAACGGCCUUAUAUAAAGUGUUCAUUUCUUCUGUGCAUCCUUUCAUCGACAAAAACAGUAAGCAGUGUGCACCCUUGACUAAGAUCGUCGCGGGAUGCCCGGGGGGCCACGCAGCGCGGCACGCAUCCGCCUUGCCAUCGAGUCGCCCCAGAAAUCCACCAAGCAACGGCUCGGGCGAUGUUCCAUGCGCUAUGUCAGGCGGCGGAUGCCUUGUAACACUCAGAAGCAAUCUGUAUUUUCGAGCUUGCGUCUUCGGCUCCUAUCGCGUUGUCUGUCACUUUGACUUCGCCUCAAUUUGUCUUCAAUCUCUUCACAAUGGCGAGGACAGCGAGGGUCGAGCAGAGACGUGGCGGGUUCAAGUCCAAGGCCCGAAAGUUCGUGGCGGUGUGCGUGGGUGGAGUGUUGUUGCUCUCUGGCGGACAAGCUGCUGCAGAUUAUUUGCGCGAAGGAGCUGCUCAGCGCAGUUUAGAAGGCUUACAACAAGGUGCAACCCAGACUGGACCGGUGUUCAGCGGCCAGACCGCAUCAUGCACCUUAACAGGUGAUACGCGGGCUCAGGCGCAAGCUGCUACGAGUUUGACGUUGUCAAAAGAGAAGCCGACUAUUACGCUGCGGUGCUCGGGAGCGAAUAACCAGGCAGUUCCCAAAGAUAUGCAGCAAGUAUGUUCCGAGACGAGUGGAGAAGCGACGGUAGCUAAUUGCAAGGAUGCUAAUGGGAAGCGGACCACGCUGCAAUCUCUCUUGGGGUCAAGCCCGGAGGCUGUGUGGAAGAAAUCUAACACCACAACCGAAGACAAAAAUAAUGGUGAGGAGUGGACCUUAGAGUUAAAGGAGUCAGACCUCCCAUUAACUGACAAGGCAUUCUUCGUCGGUUGCGACAAAAGUACCUCCAGCGCACCGCAACCUGAAUCGUCUGUCAAGGAGACAUCGGCGGAGUGCAAAGUCGAUGUUAACGUGAAAGCAAGACCCUCUUCUGUUGCAGACAACAACGUUGUCACUUGCGCCUAUGGUAACGAAAGCAACCCUGAGCCCUUGAAGGUAGAGAUGACAACAGUGAAAAACACUCUCACAAUUCAGUGUGGUUCCCAAGGUUCUCUCAGUCCUACGACCUAUGAAACCCAGUACUGUGAUCCUCAGGAAGCUCUGGAGAACUGCACGGAGAAGAAGUUUGAGGAAAUUCUGCCGGCAUUUGUGACCAGCUGGUGGUCAGAAGGGGCCGACAAAACUUCCGUCAAGCUGGAAAUUCCGGAGACAGACUUUCCUCAGUCAGAACAGCAGUUCCGUGUCCAAUGCAUUCCGAAAGAUACUGUGGCGGAUCCCCCAACAAUUCAGGGAAAGAAUGAAGACGACACGGAGACAGCUGCUCGUAUGUCGGCUUGCAAUGUGAUUGUUACUGUCAUGGCCGGCAGCUCUGCAUCAUCAUCUGGUCAAAUGGUAGCUACAGCCGCAGGUGCGGCCGCUUUGACAGGACUGUUUAUCGGGUUAUUGUAACUAAACCGUGCUGAUGCUGUAUUGGCUGUUUGCCUCUACAGGCACCGCCUGUGAAAGCUACCUCUAUUUUAACAUUUUUUCAGCUUUUGUGUGUUCUCGCAUUCCUGAAAGUCUUGAGAAAUGUCUACAAGAUGUCUCUCCUACGAAUAUUCCAUGGCUUCCUACCCAGCGAGAGCAUUGCCACGGGCACAUUGUCACAUCUGAACUUUUGCCAACUUGGAGUCACGUGCCGCAGAACGACGGGUAACCCAUUCAGAAACAUGUAGUUGCCUCUGUUUCCUACAACGUGGUGUGAGGAAAAUGCGGUGCACAAGGGACUGUCCACGGGUACAAGUGCUCCUGGCCAGCCACUAUUUGUUUGAACCGUGAAAAAAACUGUGGGAUGUUUCUAUGAAGCAUCCACAGUGUGUUGAUGUUGUUCAGGACUAGGUGUCGUGAAUCAAACCCUGAAUAAUGCAUUCGAACCAGUUACUGAACACAAGCAG